CAAACGGGAGGCAACGGAGGAGAAAAGAGGCUAAGAGCAGUGACUAAGAGGCCACUGAGCAUCUUUGUCCCCAGAGAGCUGCCUUUCCGUGACAGGUCAGGGUAUUUCUGUGUAACCCUAGCUGUUCUGGAAUUUUCUCUGUAGACCAGGCUGGCCUCGAACUUAGAGAUCCUCCUGCUUCUGUUUCCUGGGUACUGGGAUUAAAGGGGUCCCUCCAAUUUUGUUUGCCUCUGCAGAGCCUCGGCCUGCCACCUGGAAGAUGCCGAGAUUCGGCUACAGUCGCUCAGGGGCCCUGCUGCUGGCUCUCCUGCUUCAGACCUCCAUAGACGUGUGGAGCUGGUGCCUGGAGAGCAGUCAGUGUCAGGACCUCACCACGGAAAGCAACCUGCUGGCUUGCAUCCGGGCUUGCAAACUCGACCUCUCGGCGGAGACGCCCGUGUUUCCAGGCAACGGGGAUGAACAGCCCUUGACUGAAAACCCCCGGAAGUACGUCAUGGGUCACUUCCGCUGGGACCGCUUCGGCCCGAGGAACAGCAGUGGUGCCGGUGGCGCGGCUCAGAGGCGAGCGGAGGAAGAGGCGGCGGCCGGAGAUGGCGGUCCAGAGCCGAGUCCACGCGAGGGCAAGCGCUCCUACUCCAUGGAGCACUUCCGCUGGGGCAAGCCGGUGGGCAAGAAGCGGCGCCCGGUGAAGGUGUACCCCAACGUUGCCGAGAACGAGUCGGCAGAGGCCUUUCCCUUGGAGUUCAAGAGGGAGCUGGAAGGCGAGCAGCCCGAUGGCUUGGAGCAUGUCCUGGAGACGGACACCGAGAAGGACAACGGGCCCUACCGGGUGGAGCACUUCCGCUGGGGCAACCCGCCCAAGGACAAGCGUUACGGUGGCUUCAUGACCUCCGAGAAGAGCCAGACGCCCCUGGUGACGCUUUUCAAGAACGCCAUCAUCAAGAACGCGCAUAAGAAGGGCCAGUGAGGGUGCAGGGGUUUUCUCACUCCAAGGCCCCCUCCCUGCAUGGGCGAGCUACUGACCUCUAGCCUCUUAGAGUUACCUGUAGUUAGGAAAUAAAACCUUUCAGAUUUCACA